AUGAAUUUACCUGCAUCUAAAGCGCAGAUGCUCGCUCUUAACACGCAGCCCGAUGAAGCAUUUUUCGACGUUUAACUUACGAUUGAUGGUUCGUAGGUUGACCGGCGCCGAAAGCCUCGUUGCGGAUGCUUUGGGUCCGUGACCAUAACGAGCAAGAAUAUAUAAAUGAGCAGGGCCGCCAGACGAACUAUUAUCGAACAUCUGAUACGGACUGUUCGUGCGCAGAAGUGAAACUAGGCGAAGGAGAGACAGUUGUGCAAUUCAGAAAAAACCGCAGCUUGGGAGAAUAGAGGAACAUGGAGUUUGGGUCACGCAGGCAUCGCAUGCUCCUGGUGUGUUCGAUGCUGUUGCUGGAGGUUGGAGAACUGGCUCUGUCGCAGCAGCAGAGGAUCGACAAUCACAAUCAUAUACUUCCUCCAUUCUACCUGGAUUGGCUUGCCGAACAAGGCUAUGAUGCGGGUAGGAUCCCUGCAUGGAAUGCUUCGAUGCAUUUAGAAGCAAUGGCAUCGAUAGGGACUAUGAUGUCCAUCGUUUCGAUCACAACUCCGGGAGUAAGCCCAAUGGCCAACACCUCGGUGAACGCUUCUCGCGAAAUGGCCAGAAAACUAAACGACUACGCCUAUAAUGAACUAGUGCUAAAGUAUCCAGGAAAGUUCAACUUUUGGGCCACAAUGACACUGCCAGACAUCGAAGGCUCGAUUGCAGAAGCCAGGUAUGCCUUGCAGGAGCUCAAUGCAGCUGGCGUGUUUCUGGAAGGGAACAAAAAAGGCGUCUACUUGGGCGAUCCGUCACUCGAUCCUUUCUUCGAGGUUCUCAACGAGAUGAGCGCUGUAGUCUUCGUCCACCCCAACAAUUUGCCCAACACGAGUCCUGUUCCAGGACUUGUGGCGGCAGUGGUGGACUAUACUCUCGAUACCACACGCGCGGCUGUCAACCUUGUAUUCACGAACACCACGCAGAAGUAUCCCAACAUCACGUACAUCUUCUCGCACGCCGGCGGCUCUUUGCCCUUCCUGGCUUACAGAGCAGCCUUCACCGCCCCGUACUACUCCGAGACCGUGAUGGUCGACGAAUUCAAGAAAUAUUACUAUGACACGGCGCUUGCCAGCACUCCGUCCUCGCUGCCCACGAUUCUCGAAUUCGCGACUGCGGACCGCAUGACAUUCGGAACGGACUGGCCCUACGUGACCUUCGCAGGAUCCAAAUUCUACACGGACACCAUCGACGCUUACCCGCUGAGCCAAGCGGAUCGAGAGCUCAUUUAUUUAAACAAUUCCAGGUCAAUUUUCAAGCACCUGAGCGCACCGCAGUGACUGUAAUAAUCUUCCUGCUCACUCACUUCCGUGAGUGGAGGGCGAGCGAAGGAAUCAUCGUCAGAAUCAAUUUUGUUUCCUCCCUGAUUUCUGUUGUGAACCGUCUAUCAGCUCAGACGAGAGGUGAUUUUGCCCCACGCGAGUCCACGCCAGUCCAAACCCGAUAAUAACUCAAUUCUUCCACAGAGUCCUCGGCGAUUGUAGUGCAUUGUUAGCGCAAUUGUUGCACUGUACCUUCUCGACGAUUUCGGUGCUUUCGUUAGAUGGACUUCUGUCCAUGGAUUGUGACUUGAUACUCACUGAGGAAAAAUAAUUCCCAGUCAUCAUCAAUCCCUUCAUUUUUUAUGACUUUCAGGGACAGCUCAAGAAAUUACAAUAUUACGGUCAGGUUCAUUGAAACAGCAUCUAGAUCAGAUUCAAUAUCAAUUUAUAAAUGAAACUUAUCAUAAAAGUUAUGAUACUAACUUAUGAAGUUAAUAAAGAUGAUUACAUUACAAAAUUCACAUUUCAAUUUGUGAUGGAGUUACAUAUGACUCUUGCAAACAUAUAAUGAUCCAAA